UCAUUACUUUGAAGAGAAGAAAAAAGAAUGGAGGAUAAUAAGACGAAGAAAGAGGUGAUGGUACAAGAAAGGUAUUGUUAUGAAGAAGAUAGAGAGUUUACAAUUCACAAAACUUCAAUGUUUAGCCAAGGAGAUGGGUUUAUAGCGUAUGAUUCGAAAGGCUAUAUCACCUUUCGAGUUCACUCGUAUGGUCCUAUUAAGCAUCCCCUUCUUCUCAUGGAUCAUUUUGGGAAGCCCCUCUUCACCCUUCUCCCUAAGAGGCCUACACUUCAUCAAAGGUGGGAAGGAUUCAUGGGUGAAAAAUUAGGGCAUCAUGAUCAACAACCACCCAUCUUUAGCAUGUGGAAAUCAACAAUGAUCGGACGGUCCAAAAUAAUCAUGGUAGAAGUACACGAUGUAUCUCAUGCAACGUACCAGAUUGAAGGGUGUUUCAGUGAGAGAAGGUGCACGAUAUAUUAUAUGUCCACUGCAUCAGAUCAUACCACGUGUCGAAUAUUAGUGGCUCGGAUCGAACGAAAGGUGGAGCCCACUAGAAAAUUAGUAUUAGGAAGAGAUGUUUUUACUCUAUGUAUUAAGGCUGGUUUUGAUGCUGCUUUUGGUAUGGCCUUAGUUUUAGCACUUGAUAGAAUUGAUGGUGAUGAACUGAUGAUGUUGUUGAGGUUGCACCCAUGGAAUCUCAUCACUAGGAAUUUUUGUACAUAGGAGAUUAGGAGGGCGGGUUGUACAAAAUUAACACUUAUACGUGAAUAGUUCAUUUAGCGAUGAAAAUUUUAAUUUUUUUAAGCAAAAAAGAAGGGUAAUUUUGGUAUUUUUA